UCAUUCAAAAGGUAUUUUGAGCGUCGGAUAGACGCAAUAGUUUUGCCCACACACACAAAAUGGCGAACGAGAAUAAACUUAUGUUAGCAACACAACAAGAAAAACCUAAUCAUUAUACACCAUUCAAUUGCAGAUAUUUGAAAGAAUUCCGUGUGGAACAAUGUCAAUCAUUCCUGCAACACAAAUGUAAUCAACAUCGGCCGUUUAUUUGUUUCAAUUGGCAUUUCCAAAAUCAAAGACGUCGUCGACCCAUACGCAAACGAGAUGGUACAUUUAAUUAUAGUGCUGAUAAUUAUUGUACGAAAUAUGAUGAAACUACUGGAUUAUGUCCUGAUGGAGAUGAUUGUCCAUUCCUUCACCGUACUGCUGGAGAUACAGAGCGCCGCUAUCACUUAAGAUAUUACAAAACUUGUAUGUGCGUACAUGACACAGAUUCGCGUGGUUAUUGUGUAAAAAAUGGUCAUCAUUGUGCAUUUGCCCAUGGCGUACAAGACCAACGUCCACCAGUGUAUGAUAUCAAGGAAUUAGAAACAUUACAAAAUUCAGAAAAUACUAUAGACGGAACAAACGCACAAAAUGCCCUUGACAAGGAAAGAAAUUUAAUGAAUGAAGAUCCCAAAUGGCAGGAUACAAAUUAUGUUCUAGCAAAUUACAAAACAGAACCUUGCAAGAGGCCACCACGUCUUUGUCGACAAGGUUAUGCAUGUCCACAAUUUCAUAAUAGCAAAGACAAACGUAGAAGUCCAAGGAAAUUUAAAUAUAGAUCAACUCCAUGUCCUAAUGUAAAACACGGCGAGGAAUGGGGUGAACCGGGAAAUUGUGAGGCCGGUGAUAAUUGUCAGUAUUGUCAUACCAGAACCGAACAACAAUUUCAUCCGGAAAUUUACAAGUCAACCAAAUGUAAUGAUGUUCAACAAGCUGGCUACUGCCCCAGAAGUGUAUUUUGUGCAUUCGCGCAUGUAGAACCGUAUAUUUUAACAGAAGAUAAACCACGUGAUAUAGAUGGGCCAUCAACAAAUUUAGCUCUUAGUGAUAUUAUAUCAAGCGCACUACCAGAAAUUAAAAAGGACACUAGCAAACAAGGACUUAUUUCAGUUAGCGAAAAUUUAUUUUUCAAUGGCAAUGGUGAGAGCUGUGAAUCAGCAAGUACCUCUUCAAUAGGAUCAAGUAAUUCCCAUAUCAAAGCACCUGGUGCACAAUUACAACAAAAGAAUACCCUUUAUGGAAAUAGCAAUGACUGUUAUAUGAAUGGCGGAUCAUCGUCAUCUCCAUUUUCAUCAAAUAAGAUGACUCAUCUCGAAUACUCAAAAUCACAUUUCCAAAGUUUAGACAUGGCCAAAUUAAUGGGAAUUGAAAAUGAUUCGAAUAGUAUAAUCAAUGCACUAGAUAAAAAUCAAGGCAAAUUUCUAAAUUUCACUUUACCAUUGGAAAGGCUAUCUUCAUGUUCUUUAGAUGAAAUGCGAGAUAUUGUACCUAAUCAAAGAGAGAAUCCUAUUUCUGCCGGACUUGCUCAAUCCGGACUGUUGCAACGGUCGUCUGCUCCUAUUAACAUUCCUAAUUCACAAUUAACAAAUUCAAUAUCAGAUUUUAACUCGGGCGGUUUCUCUGUUAACAUUCCUGGCAGCUCGCUCAACUAUAGUCCUACAAAUCAUUCGAAUUUAUUUAAUGUAGCAGAUGUAUUCAAUUAUAGUGGUUCCGGUUCAAAAUUAAGCAAUUCAUUGACAGCCAACCAAAAUGACAGUAGUUUAUUUUUUCAAUCACGCAUUAUAUCGCCGGGCUUUGGCGAUUCUUUAUCAAUUAGUCCUUCUGUUAGAAUAACUGAAUUAAAUUCAAUACGUGAUGACCUAACUAGUAGUUCCGUUGGAAAUAGUUUAUUUGACAAUAAUUUGCAAAACAAUAAACCAGCUGCAUAUUCAUUGCAAUCAAUACAAACAUCCAAUUCAGAUGUUGUUAGGCUAAACAAUGAUUUAACAAAUAAAACAGCACAAAUAAUUAAAUUACAAACCACAUUAAAAUUGGAAAUGGACGAAUGUAAUAGAAAGUUGAGCCUAAUUGAAUUACAAAGAGACAAGGCAAAACAGGACGCUCAAGAUUGGAAGGAACGUUUUGAUCUAGCACAAACACAAAUUAAUUUAACAGCAGAUUUGCGUAGUUUAUCGAUAUCGAAACUUAAACAGUUGCAAUCCAAACUUCGCACAGACCUGGAAGAGGUUGAAAAAGUAUUAUAUUCCGAAACCGCCACCAAAUGCAUGAAAUGCGAGGAAAACAAUCGCACAAUUACACUAGAUCCAUGUAAUCAUUUUAUUUUGUGCGAUACAUGUGCACGUUCAGUGACGGAAUGUCCUUACUGUCAAACACCAGUAACGACACAAGCCUAAAGCUUAUUUAAAAAAAAAAGAGAAUAUGCAUCAGCACGUCACUGAAUCCUACCAACUCCUAUCUAUAGACCAUAAGGUAUUGCGGAUAGAAUUAUUU